AUUGCAGCAAAGGAAAGUGAAGGGGGCCGUGUUUAUGCGACGGGUAGAAAUCAGAAGCCACAACAAGGCACCUCGCCACUGAAACUAAGAGUGGGAUUUCCUUAAAAGCAUUCGUCAUGCAUGCCCCACUCCUCCCCUGUGUGACAUUAACAAGCGCUGUGAGAGAGCCGUUGAAGAGUGUCUCUGGAGUACAAAGGGGAUUUAUACUUUCAAACUUCCCUAAAUAUUUUACUUUAAUUCCUUUUUGCAUAAUCUCAGACCCUCAAACUUCUGCUUCCUCGUACGCUGAACGGCUUUCACUUUCUCUACGGAGUGGAGAAUUCACGGGGAAAUUUCGCCCUCGGCUCGGGGGAGUUUCCGUUGCACGGAGUAACACAACAGAGGCGGAGUAACACUGAGGGGGCUCGAGUUAUGAGCGCGGCACGAGUAAUAAUGAGUCAGAGCGCAGAAGGUGCUUGUACAGUAGUAAACACAAGUAGGUGUUGGACUUCAGACUUUGUGCUACUCGUGCUCAGACUUAAACCACAUUGUUCCUAGCAGCUUUUCCCCUCAACAAAGAAAUGAAGUUUGUCGAGCUCGAGGAUUCCAUCAGCCGCUUCAGGUUCGCCCAGUCCUCUUUGGGGUUCGCGGGCUGCCUGUGCGUGUGCUACGCGGUCUGGACCCCGUUCUGGCUGAACGGGAAGGGACUGUGGGCCGAGUGGAACGACACUAGGAGUGACCAGACGUAUCGCAAAGACGACAUAACCUUCAGCGCUGUUGAAGCAGAGAGAGUGUUCGGAGUCCUCUCCUUCAUCAUGGCUGCCAGCACUGCCUCCCUGUGUCUGGUGUUCGCCCUCUGCUGGACGUCUCGCACGGUGCUCUCCUACUCCAACACUCGCUCCCUCCUGAUGGCGGGCCAGGCGCUCUACCCCACCACCCUGCUGCUGCUCACCAUGGCCUCCACAGGCUUCUUCUUCCUGCUCAGCUGGUCUUUUUUCACCUACCAGCACCGCGAAGAAAUCCGCCAGGACUUCUCCAGCCUCGGCUCCUCCUACUGGCUGGGGGCUGUAGGCUGGGUCCUGCUGCUGGUCGUGGAGGGAGUGGUCUUCAUUGCCGAACAAGUCGUCGUGCCGGACAUCAUACCCGACUUGGAGAAGGCCGUGGAGUCGUGGCGGAUUAGCUCUCCGUCCGAUGCCACGCGGUCUUUCAGCGACAGUUAUCACCCCCUUAGCCACAAAAGCAACGAGGCUCUGGGGAGGUUGAUGUCAGCACCUUGACUGGAGAUAAGGACAUAAAAGAGGAAGUGAACCUACACGUGUAAGCUGACACAUUAACACACACGGACUCUAUUUGAUUAAGUGUGUUCGUAAUUAAGUUCUGGCUGCUGGAAAAGUGGGAGAGAGGACUGCAGCUUCCUACGGGUCUGAUUGUGAUGGCCAGUUUCUAGUUCCAGUUCAGCACGGGCGGAAAAGAAGACACACUAAGGCUACUGUUACAAUAUCCUCGAGAAGCGAGAAGUUUGUUCUCGACAUAUCGAAAUGGGCGUGGUUAAUGUGGAAAAACACAAAUGCUCUGUGAGCUCCCAGGUGCUAAUGUUCUAAAUGUGACCGCUAAUUUCCUGUGUACAGGUCGGCACUCGGUGUGCAGGUGCAUGCCAAAUGAACGGCGGCGAUCCGCCAGUUCAUGGUUGUCAAAACGAUCGGCCAAGACCGAAAAAUAAAAAGAAAUCCUCGUCAGUCUCCCACAGAGCUUAGCGCAGGAGGGCCCUGUGAGGACGUCCGGCCCGAGUUUGGCACUUGAGCUUCUCAUGAAGUACAAAUUACUCGGCCAAAACAAACUUCUUAGUUGUUCUUGCAGCCCUGUGAUCGAGAACAAGUUUCUCGCUUCUUGUGGAGUAUGUGUUUGUGCUUGGGUUAAUUCAUUUGACCCAGAAUCCUGGGUUAAUCAUUUGACCUCUAUCUAUCUAUCUAUCUAUCUAUCUAUCUAUCUAUCUAUCUAUACAAGGAGUUGGGUCAAACCAACCCAACCAGGUGUUCAGCUAUAAAUUAACCCACUGACCCAGCGCAAAACAACCCAGCAAUGUGUUUAUAAAACCUCAAAUUAACCUAGAAAUAUGACCCAGCAUGAACAACCCAGAAAUGUGUUUACAGAACCAACCCAUCAAUUUUAAGAGUGCGUGUGCACCAAAUAUAACUACUGAUGUGUAAAACUGCGUUUGCAAAGCUCGCAGAGUUCUGCCCAGGUUUGCUCUAACUCACCUGGCCUGGUGCGCACACCGGGAACAGAUCCAGGUGUGCAGGUGUUCCAGUUCAAACGUACGUAAACGAAACACUGUCGCAGAACUUUCGACUGGUGCUUUUACCUGAAAGUUUCAGUCUUGGUGCAAUGUACUUGAUGAUUGUCAAACCAGUGGCACCUUUAGAUGACUUCAACUAUAAACUGUCGUGUAAAGAGAAAUGAUAGUUUUGUUUUUGUGUGUUUUAUGAGUAAUGUUGUUGAAAUGAACUUUAAAUUGAUUGUAUGUAUUAUAUAUUGUACAACACAUCGUAAAUCUUUCAAAUGGUGCAAACAUGUCAUGUUAUUACUGUGUUUCUGCUUUUUUUAAUUAAAAAUAAAUGACACUGAAAGGAG